CUGAAGGAAUUUGGAUAAGUUGAUCAAGGCAGCACACACGCUUAACUUGGACUUUAAAGGGAAAUCCUGUUUGACUCUACCGCAUUAGAAAACAAAAGAAGACGGUGAAACACCAUGAGCAAGCAACCCCAGAGUAUAGAGCUUGGUGCCAAAGGCAAACCAGCCAAUUUCGACAGCAGCAAGAUGGCCGACAUGUCGGUGGAAGAUAUCACAAUGAGAGCAAACCAAGUGACUGAUGAGUCUCUUGAAAGCACUAGACGGAUGCUGCAAAUGGCAGAGGAGAGCAGGGAGACGGGAAAUAAAACCAUAGUCAUGUUGGAUCAGCAGGGAGAACAACUGCGGCAUGUGGAGCAAGGCAUGGAUCAGAUCAAUCAGGACAUGAGACAGGCUGAGAAGAACCUGACCGACCUGUCAAAGUGCUGUGGCCUGUGUGUCUGUCCCUGUGAUAGAGUGAGGUCUAUUGAGAGUGACGGGCGGUACAAGCGCACUUGGGGCGCUGGAAGUGAAAAUGCCAGCACAGAGGGAGGUGAUGGAGGCGUGGUUUCCAGCCAACCAGCCAACUACCGCAAUGGCCAGGCAACAACAGCAGCAGCUUCCGGUCCCUAUGUAAAGAGAGUAAUGAAUGACGCCCGUGAAGAUGAGAUGGAGGAGAACCUGGAGCAGGUGGGCAGCAUCAUUGGGAAUUUGAAGAACAUGGCUCUGGACAUGGGCAAUGAGAUUGACAAACAGAACAAGACUAUUGACCGCAUUAAUGACAAGGCUGACAUGAAUAAAGCUCGAAUUGACGAAGCCAACCAGAGAGCUAACAAGCUCCUGUAGAGAAGCGAUUUCGACAGAUGUGAACAAGCAGCUUGUCUUUCUCCCUGUCCCGCUCACUAUCACAUGUACGCAUACAAGCACCUAUUCAUUUGAAGGGCAAAGAGUUUCAGUUUUAGAAAUGUUCUUCUAGUGCCACCUGUGCCUUUAGUGUCAUUGUUUAGAUGCUAUUUUGUAAAUAGAACUGUACACACACUGCCUCAAUCAGGUCUUCAUCACUAGAUGCGAGAUGCUGGACACUCAGCAUGUAAUUAUUCAAUAUGCUCUGGUGAUCGCUGUCCUGACUUUCUGUAAUAUUCUCUGAGGGUUGCUGUUUUAAUGCCCUCUCCUUGCCUGGGUCAGAAUGGCUGUUAUUUGUUUGUCCAUAAAGGGACCAGAGACCUGUGUCUAAUGUUUCCACAUGUCUGUGUGUAUUUCCUCCUUGUAGGCUGUAAUCUGAGUUUAUCUUAACGCACUCUUAUUAGGGUUAUUAUAUAAUUGUUCACUUGUUGUAUCCAUCCAUCUGUCUGUCCUUGAUUGAAUCGGUAUUUAAAUAUAAAAUGGCAGUGAACUUGUGAAUUAACCUGUGAAUGAAUUAAUGAGAUGAUGUUUAAUGGUGAUAUCUCCCACCCUGUUUUUGGUUCAAAAUGAUUUGAAUGUUAAAAAGUAUGCACACACCAUACAUAAAUUUAAAUGUAUGGAUGUAUUCACCAUAAAAUGAAUAGAUCUGCUUGGUAGGAUUAUUGCAGUUAAAUAUCUAUUUUAAUUAUUAUUAAUAAAAAGCAAAUACAGUGCCUUUA